AUGGCUCCUCAAAACGUCGGAAUUCUCGCAAUGGAAAUCUACUUUCCUCCUACUUGUAUCCAACAGGAUACUCUAGAGGAUUUUGAUGGAGUCAGUAAAGGAAAAUACACAAUUGGACUUGGACAAGAUUGCAUGGCAUUUUGUUCAGAAGUAGAAGAUGUCAUCUCCAUGGGAUUGACAGCUGUCACUUCACUACUUGAGAAAUACGAGGUUGAUCCAAAGCAGAUUGGUCGGUUGGAAGUAGGAAGUGAAACUGUUAUAGACAAAAGCAAAUCCAUCAAGACUUUCCUCAUGGAUAUCUUUGAGGAAUGUGGAAACACGGAUAUUGAAGGUGUUGAUUCAACAAAUGCUUGUUAUGGUGGAACUGCAGCAUUAUUAAACUGUGUGAAUUGGGUUGAAAGCAACUCAUGGGAUGGGCGUUAUGGAUUAGUUGUCUGUACAGACAGUGCGGUGUAUGCAGAGGGACCCGCUAGACCCACUGGAGGAGCAGCUGCCAUUGCAAUGCUGAUAGGACCAGAUGCUCCAAUUGCAUUUGAAAGCAAAUUUAGAGCAAGUCAUAUGUCACAUGUUUAUGACUUUUACAAGCCUGACCUUGCAAGUGAAUAUCCGGUUGUUGAUGGAAAGCUUUCACAAACUUGUUAUCUCAUGGCACUUGAGUCUUGCUACAAGGGAUAUUGUCAGAAGUAUGAGAAAUUGCAAGGAAAACAGUUUUCAAUUGCUGAUGCUGAAUAUUUUGUAUUUCAUUCUCCUUACAACAAGCUUGUACAGAAGAGUUUUGCUCGAUUAGUGUUCAGUGAUGUUGCUAGAAACGCCAGCUCUGUUGAUGAGUCUGCCAAAGAGAAGCUAGGACAAUUCACAUCUCUAAAAGGUGAUGAAAGCUACCAAAAUCGUGACCUUGAAAAGGCAUCUCAACAAGUGGCAAAACCAUAUUAUGAUAAAAAAGUUAAACCUGGAACUUUAAUCAACAAGCAAGUUGGGAACAUGUAUACUGCUUCUAUAUAUGCAGCUUUUGCUUCUCUUAUUCAUGAUAAGAACAGCUCUCUGGAUGGAAAUCGGGUGAUGAUGUUCUCAUAUGGAAGUGGAUUAUCUGCCACCAUGUUUUCAUUGCAUCUUAGUGAGGGAAAAGCACCUUUUAGUUUGUCAAACAUUGCAAAGGUCAUGAAUGUUGAUGACAAGUUGAAGAGAAGGACUGAGCUUCCACCAGCAAAAUUUGUGGAACUGAUGAAGGUGAUGGAGCAUCGAUAUGGAGGCAAGGAUUUUGUGACUAGCAAAGAUACAAGUCUUUUAGCUCCCGGGACUUACUAUUUGACUGAAGUUGACUCCAAAUAUAGAAGAUUUUAUGCCAAGAAGACGACUGAGUUGUCUAAUGGCCAUUGAAAAGUCAAAGGGAAGAAUGUAGCAAAUAUGGAAGUCAACUUUGGGUCUUGUUUUUAAGUGUUGGAUUUGAUUUGGUUUAGGGUUAGGGUUAGGGUUGAUGUUGUAAGAGAAAAAAAAAAAGAGGAACCAAUAAUUAUUUGCUUUUGAUUUAAAGUUUGUUACAUAAUAACACUUGUUAAUUAUCUUGAAGAAAUGUGUAAAUUUAUUACCCAUUUACAAAUUAUUUGCUCAAGAUAAAAUUUACAAUGUAAAGUAAAGAUAUUAGGAAAUAAGA